GGAGAAAUAUAUUAACAGAAACAUCGUUACAUUUCUUUGAAUGAAAGCAUGAACGCGGCAAUCAUUGAUUGCAUUUCUUUAAAUGAAGAUAAAUUAGUUAAAUAACGAGAACGGCAAGAUCCCAAGAAAAAAAAAAAGAAAAAAAGAAACAGAAAGACAGAAACUCAUCAGGCGAGUUAAAGAACUAUCUGUCUCGUCCUUUUGGUCGCACGUCUGAAUCAUGAUCAUCAUCAUCAUCAAAGACAUCUCUCUGUCCCCGUGACAGAUCUUUACUAACCAAAACCUCUCCGACCCGAUUCUCUUAUUUCCCAAAUCUAGUUCUGUGUUCUGUAAUUUAGCUUCGGAGAAUCUUAACCAACUGUAAAUCGAAACUUUGGUGUUUGAUUGAGCCAUUUCUUAGUUUGGAGAAAGCUAAGAUAUUGAGAGUCUACGGGAUUAUAUCACUUGUCGGAAAAUUCGGUUCCGGCUGGUCUUUCAGGUUGUGUACAGAGGAUGGUGAAGAACAAGCACAACAAGAAACCAACAACGUUAUUGCGUUUAGUAUCAACACUGGUGGGAUGUGUUUUCUUGAUUCAUCUAAUCAUGCUAUACCGAAGAAACUAUAGUGUAGAUAAUCUUGAAGUCUCUUCUCAGUUACUAAUCCACCAUCCCGUUGUACGUGAGCUCGAACGAGUUGAAGAAGAGAACAUUCGCAUGCCUCCUCCUAGGAAACGUUCUCCACGAGCUAUCAAAAGAAAACCCAAAAGACCAACCACUCUAGUCGAAGAGUUUCUGGACGAAAACUCUCAGAUUCGCCAUCUCUUCUUCCCCGACAUGACAUCCAGCUUUGGUCCGACCAAAGAUGGUGGUAAUAAUGAUACAUUGCACCGCUUCUUCCCUGGGAAGAUUUGGUUGGACACAGAAGGGAACCCGAUUCAAGCACACGGUGGUGGCAUGUUGUAUGAUGAAAAGUCCAAGAGUUACUAUUGGUAUGGUGAAUAUAAAGAUGGAGUAACGUAUCACUCUCACAAGAAAGGAGCAGCUCGGGUUGAUAUAAUCGGUGUUGGAUGCUACUCGUCGAAAGACUUAUGGACAUGGAAGAACGAAGGUGUUGUCUUAGCAGCCGAAGAAACAGACGAGACACAUGACUUGCACAAGCUCAACGUUCUCGAGCGGCCUAAAGUGAUUUACAAUUCAGACACCGGUAAAUACGUGAUGUGGAUGCAUGUAGACGACGCAAACUACACUAAAGCUUCUGUUGGUGUAGCCAUUAGCGACACCCCAACCGGUCCGUUUGAUUACUUAUACAGCAAGUCACCACACGGUUUCGACAGCAGAGACAUGACUGUCUUCAAAGACGACGACAACACCGCCUACUUGGUCUACUCAUCAGAAGACAACAGCGUUGUCCACAUUGGUCCGUUAACCGAAGAUUACCUCGAUGUUGAACCGGUAAUGAAGAGAAUCAUGGUGGGACAACACAGAGAAGCACCAGCUGUUUUCAAACACCAGAACACUUACUACAUGAUCACAUCAGGUUGCACGGGGUGGGCACCAAACGAAGCGUUGGCUCAUGCAGCGGAGUCGAUCAUGGGUCCGUGGGAGACGUUGGGGAACCCUUGUGUUGGCGGGAACAAGAUUUUUAGGUCGACGACGUUUUUCGCGCAGGGGACGUAUGUGGUGCCGUUGCCUGGUGUUCCUGGUGGGUUUAUAUUUAUGGCGGAUAGGUGGAACCCUGCGGAUUUGAGAGAUUCGAGGUAUUUGUGGUUACCGUUGAUAGUUGGUGGACCGGCUGAUAGACCUCUUGAGUCUAGUUUUGGGUUUCCUAUGUGGUCGAGAGUUUCUUUGUAUUGGCAUAGACAAUGGCGGUUGCCUUCAGGAGGGAAGGAGAUUGCUUGAGAAAAAAAAAAGACAGAGCUUUUCAAACUCUUUUUUCACUUGUGUAUUCUUCUUCCUCUUUCUUUCGUCUGUUGUGCAUUAUUAUGGUUUGUGUUGUUGUUGUGCUGCUUUUUUUUGGGUUACAGCCUUACAUGUAUAGAAGAGAUCGUAGGCCUUUGUUCAUAUCAGAUCAGUUUGAUAAAAGUAUGAGUUCUGUUA